GUUAAAUUAAAACUCAAAAAGAUGUAGAUGCACGAGUAAAUGACGUUAUAGAGAAUUAAUCUAUUUAUGCUGUAAAGUGUGCUACAACAGCGGAGUUUGAAUUAAGGUACCUUGUACAAUGUUAUUACGACUGAAAUGCAUAGUGUUAAUUUGUCUCGACGUUCACGCACACCGGGAGCACCAUGCACACCCACGGAUCGGUCGUGAACGAACGUGAACGAGCGUGAACGCGAGCGAGUCCGCGCGAGUUGCCCGCGCGAGUCGUUCCUCGACCAUUCGCGACGACGCAUUCCUCGCUCGAGAGAAAGAGAGAACUUGAUCAGAUGGAGCCUCUCUGGGAAUCGCAUGGCCGUCAAAUAAACGAGGCUGGUUUGCGAAGAGGGUCAGAUACCAGCGUUGUCCUGACCGAGGACACAGACAGCUUUAAGAUCGGAGAUCGAGUAUGGGUCGGUGGCACGAAACCAGGCACGAUCGCUUAUAUCGGCGAGACUAAAUUCGCUCCUGGAGAUUGGGCAGGAGUCGUCCUGGACGAACCCAUCGGAAAGAAUGACGGUUCGGUGGCGGGUAGCCGGUACUUCCAAUGCGAGCCAAAGAGAGGGAUUUUCUCGAGGCUCACCAGACUCACCAGGUCACCGCUGGGCGAUCACCAGACGAGCAUGAUCAUGACUCCUACGACGCCGCCCGAUAGCACCAGGGGUGGCCUCUUCAGCAAAUCCAUGUCGUCGUCAUUGAAUACAUCGACGACGAGCCUAUCGUCCACGAGGGGCGAUCUGAGGAUAGGUGACCGAGUGAUCGUGUCAUCGAGCCAGGGUAGCAAAACCGGCGUGCUCAGAUAUCAAGGCACCACCGAAUUCGCCGCGGGCGAAUGGUGCGGUGUGGAACUGGACGAUCCGAUCGGCAAGAAUGACGGCUCCGUCAAUGGCAAAAGAUACUUCGAGUGCCCGCCCAAGCACGGUCUGUUCGCGCCCGUGCACAAGGUCAGCAAGUCACCGUCCAGCAAGAGGCCGUCCAUAUGCGUGGUGCACAAGCCAACGGGUGCAGCUCUCAAUGUCUCUAGCCUCCAGAAGAAGAGCGGCUCGCGCGAGUCGCUCGCCUCCAGCGUCUCCUCGAGCGUUGCCAGCGCGAGAAUGAGCACGACGAGCGGCACCACGACGAGGAGGCCUGGCAUGCGCACGUCGACACCUGCACGAAGUUCAUUGCAGGAGGUUUUGAAAGAGAAGCAGCAGGAGAUCGAACUUCUGCGAAAAGAGCGAGAUUUGGAACGUGAAAGAGUCACCAAAGCGGCAAAUCAAGCUGAUCAAGCGGAACAAUCGGCACUUUCGAUUAAGCAAGAAUAUGAGAAGUACCGCGAGCAGAUGCAACAAGCGGUCAGCGAGGCGGAACUCAUGGUCACCAAGCUUCUCAAUGAGAAAAGUGCAUUGAUAGUGCAGCUGGAAGAUGAGAAACGGAAAUGCGAGGAUCUCCUGUUUCGUUUCGAAGAGGAAUCCGUGAAUAAAGAUGACAUACAGAAAGAGAGAUCUGAGCAAAGUGUCAUAAAUACUGUAAAUGAAAGCAGGAUCAAAGAGCUUGAAGACGAACUCGCAAAAGAGAAGCAAGAGCGAAUCGAUCAGAUGGAAUGCGACAGCAUCAAACUUUUCGAGACUGAAGAAGAAUUGGCGCGAUUGCGUAACGAGAUCAGUUGCGCGACGAACUCACAAAAUUCUCAGCUUCAAGAUCUGGAGAGCCGUAAUCAAAGUUUGGAAGAGAUUAAGAGCAGUCUGGAGAAAGAAGCGCAAGAGAAAUCGAGUCUAGUAAACGAAUGUGUGGAACGCAUUCGAGAAUUAGAACUUGUGGUGAGUAAAACGCAACAGGAGAAUACGACGCAUAGGGAAUGCGAGAGUCGUCUAGAAAAAGAAUUGCAAGCUGCGGGACAAAGUUUGCAAGACAAGGAGUCAUUGAUGGAGAAUAUGAAGCAGGAAUUUGAGAAAAACACGAGUGUGUUGAACGAAGAGUUGCGAAAAUCGAGAGAGACGAUCGAAACGAUGAAGAGAGAGAACGUAAGCGAAAAGAAUUCGCUGUUGUCGGAGUAUCGACAAACAAUCGAGGAGAGAGAUCGGUUGAUAAAAUUAAAGACUGAGGAGCUCGAGAACGAGUCCAAGAGAUUAUUAGAUCAGCAGAAUGCAGCUUUGGAGGGCUUGAAAGCCGAAAAUGAUAACCGUAUCCGGGAACUUUCAGAAUCUUUCGAGCAACAGUUGCAGGCAAAAAAUUCGAAACUCGAGGAGUUCUCGCAGCAACUCAGUCAAAAAGUAUCCGAAACCGAAAGACUGUUGGCCGAAUUGGCCGCUGAGCGAGAACUCUGUAAAAAGAAGGAUGAAGAAUUAAUUAACGCUCUACGAAAAUUAGAAGAACUAAAUACGAAGCUUAAAUUAGCCGAAGAGAACAACAACGUGUUGUCAAAACAAAUUCAAGACUACAAGUCUAAGAGUGACGAUAAUGUCAGAAUUAUUCAUGAGAAGCAAAAGUUGGAGCAAGAUCUAGCUAGUUUGAUCGCUUCGGAAGAAAAAUCCACAGCGCAAUUAAAUAAAUUGAACGAGGAACUUAAAGUGAAGGACAAAGAGCUGGCGGAGUUACGAAAUGCUACUGUGGCUCAGAUAAAAGAAAUAACUAAACGUUUCGAGGCACAAAUUAAUGACAAAGUCAAGUGUAUUGAUGAGAUAAGCGCAGAUGUCGCUCAGAAAGCUUUGUUGCUCACUAAACUGGAAAAGGAUAUAGCUGAUUUAAAGGCGAUUAUAGCAAGUAAAGAUGAAGAGAUUAAACAUCUUCUUGAAAAAACUUCAGAAUUACAAGACGCCCUCACGUUAUCCGAACAGACGAAAACAAAUUUAGAAAGUGAACUUCGCGUAUUUGAGUUGAAUGUACAGAAUUUGAAUCAACAAGUUGCAAGAACGGAAGAAAAAAUAUCACAACUCUCAUUGCAGAAGGAAAAAUUGGAAUCCGAUAUAGCGAACGCCAUUAGCACUUCCGCCGAUUCGUCGGAACAGUUGUCGAGAUACAAUGAAGACUUGCGAAAAAAAGAGAAGGAAUUAGACGAAGCUCGCGAAAAGAUUUUUCAAACAGAAGCUGCAUUGAAGCAAACGGAAGGAAAACUGUCCAAUAUUGAAACCGAAUUAAAUAAGAAUACGACAUUAGUCGAGCAAUUGCGCUUUGAGAAAUCGAACUUGGAAUCACAAAUAGACAAGGCUAAAAAAUUGAACGCUGACUAUAUCGAGAAAAUACACGAAUACGAACAAGAAAAGAGCGAAUUGUUAAUAAAAGUACAAGAAGGUAAUCGCACAAAGAAAAGUUUAGAGGAAAAAUCUGUUGAAAUCACUAAUCUUACAGAGCGACUGACGAAGAAAGACGAAGAAAUCGCCAAUCUUCGUACAGGAAACGAAACUUUGCAAAAAUCUCAUGAAGAAGAGAUAUCUUUAUUGCAGAAAAAAGUUGCGGAUUUAUCAAACGAAUCGGUGAAUUUGCACGACGAGAUAAAAAAUUUGCAAAAGUCUAAGAACAAAUUGGAGGCUGAUCAAAGCGCGAAUCGUUGGUCAAUCGAAGAAUUAACAGAAAAAUUGAAAGUUGAAUCAGACAGAACGUUGAAUUUGGAAAACUUAAUUCAGAAGAAAGAUUCAGAGUUUCGAAAUGUAGAAAAUAAGCUAUCGGAAUUACAAAAAAUACAUAACGCCUUAAUUAACGAUAAAGCGACUACCGAUAAGAAUUUGACGUCUUUAAAGACCAUGACUACCGCAAUGGAAGAGUUGAAAAACAAAUUAAAAGAAGCCGAGGGAACAAUUAAAGAUAAGACAGAUGAAUUAUCAAAGACAAGAACGGAAGCAGAAAAGUCGCUCACUCAAUUAGCCGAGUUGAAGGCUAUAAUCUCUUCCAUGAAAAAAGAGCAUACUCGAAAUAGCAAUGAACAGAAGAGUGCACAAGAAGCGAUCACGCAGAAACAAAAUAAAAUAGAUGAAUUGUUCGAAGUUAAGACAGUGCUAGAGAAUUCAGUGAAAUCAUUGGAGAUUGAGUUAACGAAUUUGCACGAAGAAAUGAGCAAAAGAGAGAAAUUGCGGACAGAAGCAGAAAUUAAGAUGAAAGAAUUGGAGAGUUCCAAGAAGGAAGAAAUACUAAAACUUCGGAAUUCUUUAGAGUGCGAAAUUACAGCAAAGGAAAGAAAAAUUGAAGACGUAAAUAUGCAAAAUGAAGAUUUGCAAAAGGAGCUACGAUUGUCGCAAGAUGUUGUCAGUAAACACAAAGCUGACUUAGAUGAGAAGCAGAUUAUUAUUGAUAAACUAAAGUCACAGGUGAAGGUCCUGGAAGACGCGCAAGUGGAGAGAGUUAAAGCGGAACAGCAAUCACGAAAUGAGGAAAUCAAAUUGAAGCAGAAUGAAUUGAGCAGUGCGAAUAAGCGAAUCCACGAGCUGCAGCAUACAGUGAAUGUGCUCGAGAAGCAGUUAAAAGAACAGGAAAUGAGAUCGGCCGAUUUGGCGAGAACCAUGGAAAACAACGAGAAGGAAGUAAACAAAAACGUGCAGAAUUUACAAGAGAAGCUGAAUAUCGCCAAGGUGGAAGAGACUCGGCUUCUGGACGAACUUAGUCGACUGGAGAAAGAGAAUAAGCAAAUUACCGCGAAAUGGAUGGAAGUGACGAAUCAACUGAAGUUAUCGCACGAGAAUCUAAAGAACACCUACGACGGGACGGGAGACAUGAAGCAACGCAUCGUCGUGAAGGAUAUCGAUGUCGUCAAACUGCAGGAGGAGAACGAUACCGCGAAAAGCCAGAUAGACUUCCUAAACUCCGUGAUAGUCGAUAUGCAGCGUAAAAACGAGAAUCUACUGUGUAAGAUCGAGGUUCUCGAGAUGGGAGUCCCCGCAAACGAAGCCGAAGAUUAUACUCGAAGCACGCUGAACAAACGAACCGCGGCGCCUCGUAUGUUCUGUGAUAUUUGCGAUCAGUUCGAUUUGCAUGAAACGGAAGACUGUCCCCGACAGGCCCAGGAUUUCACGGAGAGCGUCGAGAGAGUGGCGAAAUCUUCGAAAAAGCAAUCCGUGGAAAGGCCGUAUUGCGAGAAUUGCGAAAUGUUCGGACACGAUACGCGCGACUGCGAUGACGCCGAGACAUUUUAACGUUUCAUCAUUGUCCGUAGCCUUGUUCCGUUUGCUUGCCAAAUAUCCCAUAGCUAUAAAGAGAUCUGUUAAAUUUUACAGAGUAUAUUUUUGUAUGCCAGAUUUUUCGAUUAAAUUCUAAAUCCGAGCAUGAGUCUUCCCGCAUAAAAUGGGCAUACCCGAGAAACACUAAAAAUUUAUGUUCCCUCCAAAUGGUGGAAUUUAAUCAAAAUACAUCUUAUUUAAGAGUAUUCAGCAAUUUGUAUAAUUAUCCUAAUAUUAUUUAUUCUUUAUUUAAUUGUAAAUUUUUUAAUUUAUUUUUAGCACAAUUAUAAUCACAGGGUUAACAAUAUG